ACAUGAGAGGGAGAAAACCCAAGUGUUGAUGUCAUAAAGUUCAGUAUUGGCGGGAAACGUGUAGGCGAUUUCGAUCUCACCAAAUCAACAGAAAGAAGCAUGAAGAAAUCAAAAGGCGAAAAUGAGGUGGUCGAUAUGAUCAACAACUUGCCGGAUCAUAUUCUCCAGUUGAUCCUUUCAGGUCUUCCGACUACCGAAGAAGCAGUUCGAACAAGCAUUCUGUCGACACGAUGGAGGUAUCUGUGGACUUCACUUCCAUCUCUAGACUUAGAUUGCACUCGAAUACUAACAAAUUCUAAAAGGAAUGAAUUCAAAGAGUUUGUGAAACGGAUUUUGGUAGACCAAACCCUAGAUCUGGAGAGCUUUCGUUUAUGUUGUGAAAAUUACUACGAUAUGUCGACGGUAGGGCAAUGGAUUCAUGCCGCAGUUAUGCGAAAAGUCAAAUUACUUGACUUGACCUUUUGCUCUAGGGUUGAUGGUGAGGUUAUCAAGUUGCCCCAUAGCCUGGUAACAUGCGAUUCAUUGGAGGUAUUAAGGUUGUUUUUGUAUUCAUGUCGUUUAAGGUUGCCUGCUGUCACUGGUUUUCCGGCACUUAGGGUUCUUCAACUCAACAGUAUUGAGUUAUUAGACCGCAAUUCAGUACAAGAGUUUUUUAAAAGCUGCCCAUUGCUUGAGGAUUUGAGUUUGAUUGACUGCUUCUCGUACACAAAUAAAAAUCUUUGUAUUUCAUGCCUAAAUCUCAAGUCUCUGAGAAUUCACAAUUGGACGAUAGGUACCUAUGCCAAAAGGUUUGGUUAUGGUAGUUCGUCUGAUAACGAUGGCUUGUGUUUCUGCCUUCAGAUAUGUUGCCCGAAACUGGUGUUUUUCGAGUAUGCAGGUCACUCGGCGGAUGCAUUUUCAUUUGAAAACCUAGACUCCUUGAAGAAAGCUGUGAUUUACCCUGAUGGUACGGUAUCUUUAUUUGGAUCAAUUGGUGCCAACAUAUGUCAGUUGUUUGCAGGAGUUUCUCAUGUGGAAUCUUUGUCUCUCAACCUUUUUUCCCUUAAGGUCAUUAGUCUCGCACGUGACGCGCAUGGAGCUUUCCCGACGUCUCUUCCGAAUCUGAAGACAUUGGAGAUAUCCACAACAAUCGAACACUACACCAUGACUGUAGUCAUGCGGAUCCUCAGAUGUUGUCCCAAUCUGGAGUCUUUCCAUUUGAUUGUUGAAGAGGAAAUUUUAUGGCCCGAAGUAUUGAAGUUUGAUGAAUUCUUAGCUUGUCAUUUGAAACGGGUCGAGUUUCUUGAGUUCAAUGGAGAAAAGCGGAAAGUAGAUAUGGCUCGUUUUUUACUGGAACAUGGAAAUGAGUUGGAGGAAAUGGUUUUCAGUUGGCGUGACAAAGUCAACUACCAUGAAAAGUCAACGGAGACUAUGAAGGAAGUUUCGAAAUUCUACAAGGCUUCUUCAACUGUUAAACUGAUUACUCUUUUAAAAGACUAGGUUUUUUUUAUAAACUGUAAGUGAUGCGUAUAACAUUGCAAAUUGGGCUGGCGUAACUAGAGUUUUUGGUCUCGUGUUGGAUUUGGAUUUUGCAAUGCUCAACCUCUAUGUUUCCUUCA